AUGGAUAAUAUUGGUGCAACAUCAUCGUCUCAAACGAGUCCCAAUACUGGCAAUCCACUCAAUCCUCAACCUAUUCCACCAUUAGCAUCUGAGCCAGCAACAAUAUCAACAAUUGAAUCAAUUGUUUCAACUCCAUUGGAACCUGUAUUGACAACAGUAGAACCGGUAGGACAAAUGAAUGUUGAUGGGAAUGUUCAAGCUCAUUUCGAUAUUAAUUAUCAGGCACAUGAUGUGGCAUUAGCAUCAGUACCAUCACCAGCUAAAACAAAUGAUCAUCGAUCAAAUACUGUUUUCGCAGCAACCGAACAUCAUAAAAUGGAUAUAGAUGAUAGUGAUGAACAUCCUGAGAAAUCAAAAUCAUGUUGUUCAAUGUUAAACAAAUUAUUUCUUGCAUUGGCUAUUGUAUGUUUUGCAUUAUUUCUAUGUAGUAUUGCAUAUAUUGUUGCCAAUCUCGAAGGAUUAAAUGGUAAAUAUGAUGGACGUGUCUUAUCGAAAAUAAAUUAUCCAUAUCCAGUUGGCGAUGAUUUAAGUUCAUCCGAACGAUUAAUUACAGAACCCUAUUUUAAUUUAACACAUCCAAAUAAUAAUGGUAUGAUUGUAAUUGUAUCACGUCGUGGUGCAUCCGUACAUGAUAUAUUAAUUCCAUAUAAAAAUAAAGAUGGUUCAAAACAAUAUCGUUCAAUAGUUAUUAAAGGUGGAGAUGAAAAUCAUUUUGGUGCCGUACGUUUUGGUUUCAAUGAUCCAUCAAAUACAAUGAAUAUGGUUAAUCAAUUACCAACACAAUAUCCAUUUUUAAAUUUUUAUAAAGAAGAUUGGCCAAUGUAUGCUGAUAUGGAUAAACCACAUCGUGUUCGUUUUGUUCAUGGUUUAAUACAAAUAAUUUAUGAAUUUUCCUUAAUUAAUUUCAAUGAAUUUAUUAUGACAACAAUGAUUGCAACACCAUCAAAUCAACAAAUUAUUGUUGAUCCAACAAAUAAUAUUUACUUUAAUUUACGUAGUCAUGGAAAUUUAACUACACAUUAUUUAAAUUUAAGUUCAUCAGAUCCAAUAAAUAUAGCUAGUGGACAAAAAAUGGAACAAGAUCGAUUAAUUCAAUCACAACGUGUUGAUAAUUUGGUGCAUGUUAAUGAUUAUUUCUAUAAAGUUGAUCGUGCUGGUAUUGGAAAAAAUUAUAUUGCAACAUUAUCAGAAAGUGAAACUAAAACUACAAUGCAUGUUUUUAGUAAUCAUGCUGGUGUAGUAGUUGAUCCAUUUGGUGUUGGAUUUUCAAAUGAAAAUAUAAAACAUAUAACAACAAUACCGGAUAUGCGUGGUGUUCGAAUAAGUCCACGACAAUCACCUGUUUAUCAACCAAUGUCAAUUUAUGGUCCAAUAUCAGUUGUUUUUCCAUCACAAGCUAUUCAUACAACAUGGUGGCAAUUUGAAUAUGAACAUUAG